AUGAUCAAACGGAAACGAAAUUUUCGGGAAGCAUUUAAGAGAGAUGAAAGUAGUGCUUCGAAUUACUUUCAGCAGCAUUUCGGGGGAACUUUAAAUGCAACUGUUGCGUCUACAUUAUUGUCAUUAACAAGUGAGCCGAAGCGUAUUGUUCUGGAGGAUCUUGGAAUAGGUUUAUUCUAUCAGCGCUAUUCUAAGCUGAAAGAUGACACUAUAAAACGAGAGGAAAUUGGAAAUUUUGGUUUAAAUUCGAAAUUGGUGAAAAACUUUGAAAUUCUUAAUGGGAACCCAAUGAGCAGCAUACAGCUAUCAUUAUACAGUAUUAUCGGCAGAUACAUCGAUCUUUGUGCAACAGGAUUAAAAAUCGACUGCACAGGGUCAGUAACCGAAGAUGAUAUUGAAAAAGCACGUGACCAAGGGUUAUCACGACCCAAAGUGUUGAUUAUUUGCCCAAUGAAAAAGGAUGCCUUUUCAAUUAUUGAAAAUUUCCGAGUAUUGAUUUUUGGUAAUUCAGACAAGCCAUUUAUUUCAAAUUAUCGGCGUUUCAAAGCGGAAUUUGGUGAUACAGGAUUCAAGAUAUCAGAAAAAAGAAAAGUUUCAGUUGAUUACAGGAAGCUCAUGAGUGGAAAUAUUGAUGAUUGCUUCCGAAUCGGUGUUGCAAUUGCCAAAAAAAGUUUGAAACUUUAUACGGUAUUUGAUGAAUCGGAUAUUUUGAUUUCUUCACCAUUGGGUUUACGGAUGAUCAUAGGUGGAGGUGGUGAAAAUAACUCGGAACGAGAAACGGACUUUUUGGCUUCCAUAGAAAUAUUAAUCAUUGAUAAGGCUGACAUAUUGCUAAUGCAAAAUUGGGAACAUUUGUUGAAUGUUAUUAGCAGUUUGCAUAUGCAACCGAAAAAACUCACAGUUGAUAUAUCGCGAGUUCGACGUUGGUACCUUGAAGAGUAUUCCAAAUUUUACAGACAAACGGUGUUGAUAUCAGAAGAACGUCGCGCGGAAUGUGAUGCAUUAUUUGCUCUUUACUGUAUUAAUUUUGCUGGUUUCAUCAAGCUUCUUACACCAAGUAAAGGUUUGCUAGAUAAUAUAGAAAUUCCGUACUGCCAGGAAUUGCAGCGAAUUGAUGUUGACGUGCCAGAAAAUCAGUCUGAUCUCCGAUUUAAAUUUUUCAAAGAAAAGAUUCUGCCAAAAUGUGAAUUGAGUACUACUAUCUUUAUUCCGUCAUAUUUUGAUUUCGUGAGGAUUCGAAAUUAUUUAAAGAAUGAAAACGAAAGCUUUGUCCAACUCCAUGAAUAUGCAAAGGAGGGGAAGGUAGCAAAAGCGCGGGCAUUAUUCUAUAAGAAAGAAAAGAAACUUAUGUUGAUAACAGAACGAUUUCAUUUCUAUAGACGUUACAAUAUUAAGGGUAUCAAAUCGCUUGUUUUUUAUCAACCUCCAGCCCAACCCAAAUUUUACCACGAAAUGAUCAAUCAGGUGGAUUGCAGUUAUGCUCUUGUUCGUGUGCUAUACACAAAGUUUGACUUUCUUCGUAUGGCUCACAUAUUUGGUGAUAACUGCAUGCGAAAGGUAAUGUCUUCCACUAAAGCAACGCAUGUUUUGGUAAGCCGGCAGAGUUGA